CCCGGCGGGCGCACGGUGACCCGGAGCGGGUGUGUGCCCGUUGUGUGCCCGGUUUCGGGAUGAUGCUAAGUCGCUUGAUGAGCGGGAGCAGCCGCAGCCUGGAGCUCCCGUGUGUGUGCACUGUCCGGCUGCUGGACGACUCGGAGUAUACGUGCAAUGUGCAGAGAGAUGCAAAGGGCCAGCAGCUGUUUGACCUCCUGUGCCACCACUUGAAUCUGCUGGAGAAAGAUUACUUUGGAAUCCGCUAUGUAGAUCCUGACAAGCAGAGACACUGGUUGGAAUUUUCCAAAGGAAUUGCCAAACAAAUGAGAGGUAACUCCGUGUCUGAACCUCGCUCCCCGUUUAUCCUGUGCUUUCGAGUAAAGUUCUAUCCCCCAGACCCGGCAGCCCUAAAGGAAGAGAUCACCAGGUAUCUGGUUUUCCUGCAAGUUAAGAGAGAUCUGUACCAUGGACGAUUGCUCUGUAAGACCUCUGAUGCUGCGUUGCUGGCAGCAUACAUAUUACAGGCUGAAAUUGGGGAUUAUGACCCUGGAAAACAUCCAGAAGGCUACAGUUCCAAGUUCCAAUUUCUUCCCAAACACUCAGAAAAGCUGGAGAGGCGGAUUGCUGAGAUUCACAGGAAUGAACUCAGCGGUUUGUUACCUGCACCAGCGGAGAUGAGUUUUCUGAGGAAAGCCCAGACCCUGGAGACAUACGGAGUGGAUCCGCAUCCGUGUAAGGAUGUCUCUGGGAACUCUGCAUUUUUGGCUUUUACUCCUUUCGGCUUUAUCGUGUUGCAGGGAAAUAAGAGGGUUCACUUUAUAAAAUGGAGUGAUGCCACAAAAAUGAAAUUUGAAGGAAAAACUUUUCAUUUAUAUGUGAGAGAGAAGGAGGAAAAGCGCCUGGUACUCACCUUCCUGGCACCUACUCCCGAGGCCUGCAAACACCUGUGGAAAUGUGGUGUGGAGAACCAGUCCUUCUACAAACUGGAGAACUCCAACCAGGUGCGCACAGUGUCCAGUAGCAACUUGUUCUUCAAAGGCAGCCGCUUCCGAUACAGCGGACGAGUUGCCAAAGAAGUAAUGGAAUCGAGCGCCAAAAUCAAGAGAGAACCCCCUAAGAUUCACAGGGCAGGGAUGGUACCAAGCCGAAGUUGUCCCUCCAUUAGCCAUGGGCUGCGGCUGAGCAGUGUUCCCCGAACACGUAGGAGAGCUGUGCACAUAUCAAUCAUGGAAGGUCUGGAAUCGCUACGUGACAGCGCCCACUCUACUCCAGUCCAUUCCACUGACCACAUGGAUGCUUUCUCGCCUCGAGCCUCCCGGGAAACAGUAAUCAGUGAUGAGACAUACGCUCCUUGCUGCAGCAUCCUGCCAACCCCUGUGUGUGAAUCUAACCUGGAAUUAUCUAUCGGGCAGCAGGUAAAUGGGACAACGUGUACAACCCAGGAUGCAGAGAGUGACCUGGCUGCUUCCAGCAUUCCUGACAUGGAGAUUCCUCCACCAGCACUACCUGGGCCAGAAGGAGCCAAUCAGAGGGAACCAGAACCAGAACAGGCGAAUAAGUUUCUACAAAGCGUUCUCCGGCUGCUGGCAGUCACACUAUGCCUGCUGUUGGCAUUGCUUCUGCUGCUGGUCAUCCUGGCAGAGUCUGACCUGGAGUUAGCAUUUCUGAGGGACAUCCGGCUCACCCCUGAGUUCCAGCAGUUCCAUUAUCAGUACUUCUGUCCUCUGCGGCGAUGGGUGUCAUGCAAGCUCCACCCGCUUAUCCGUCUGAUUGACUCCUGAUCAGUUAGAGGUUGUGCACACUCUGUGACUGUGAGGAGUGAUGUCUUCCAGUGUCUUCCCCCUUCUCACCCCUGUCUUGUCUCACUUACCCUUCUUGGUUCAAUGGUCAUCAGAACAAACCUCUGCUUAGGGUUCUCCAUGUGUGUAUGGCUGGAUGACUGUGAAAGAGAGGUGGAGGGUGCCCGAUGCAUUGCAUGGGAAUCAGGUCUGCUUUGCAACCACUUCGGGCUUUGUAAUGCUGCACCCAUCAGUGCCAAGUCUAUAAGCCACAGGAUUGUGUUUAUUCAGCUCCAUGAGUCAAGCAGCCUAUUUUUUUUUUUUUUUUACAUCGUGUUCAUUCUUCUCUGUUCUCACUCACUGUCAUUGCACUGUGCCAGAAUAGACGUCUGAGCUGAAUACUGAGAGAUUGGAAACAUGAAACUCUAUCUGUGAGGAACUGCAGCAUUAUGGUCUGAGACUGUUGUAGUCUAUGCAUAGCUGUAAUACCACUGGUUGCCUAGCCUCAGCAUUAUCUUCCCUGGUAAAUGGAUGAGAACCAUUAGAUUUAAGCACUUACUGUAAAGCAGGCCUAGCCAACCUGUGGCUCUGCAGCUGUUGUGAAACUACACAUCCCAUACAUGCCCUCCCACAGUUUUAGCAUUCCAUAAUAGCAAAACUGUGGCAGGGAAUGCUGGGACUUGUAGUGCCACAAGAACUGGGGAGCGACAGGUUGGCCAGGCCUGCUUUAAAGAGUAAAGCUGGGUACACACUAGACUAUAUAUUACACGGGUUCUUGUUUUGAGCUGAAUUGGAAUGACAAAUCAUCCACAUCAUCUAGUGUGUACGCACUAUUACACGCUCCACAUCAUCUAGUGUGUGUACGCACUAUUACACGCUCCACAUCAUCUACUGUGUACGCACUAUUACACGCUCCACAUCAUCUAGUGUGUGUAUGCACUAUUACACGCUCCACAUCAUCUACUGUGUACGCACUAUUACACGCUCCACAUCAUCUAGUGUGUACGCACUAUUACACGCUCCACAUCAUCUAGUGUGUACGCACUAUUACACGCUCCACAUCAUCUAGUGUGUACGCACUAUUACACGCUCCACAUCAUCUAGUGUGUGUACGCACUAUUACACGCUCCACAUCAUCUAGUGUGUACGCACUAUUACACGCUCCACAUCAUCUAGUGUGUACGCACUAUUACACGCUCCACAUCAUCUAGUGUGUACGCACUAUUACACGCUCCACAUCAUCUAGUGUGUGUACGCACUAUUACACGCUCCACAUCAUCUAGAGUGUACGCACUAUUACACGCUCCACAUCAUCUAGUGUGUACGCACUAUUACACGCUCCACAUCAUCUAGUGUGUACGCACUAUUACACGCUCCACAUCAUCUAGUGUGUACGCACUAUUACACGCUCCACAUCAUCUAGUGUGUGUACGCACUAUUACACGCUCCACAUCA